GGCGAAGCGCCAAGCCGGGAGCGCCGAGGGACGUGCCCGGAGUGGGGAAGCAGAGCGAUUCGGGGGGCGAGCCUGCCCAAAAUGUGGGGAGCGCCGGCCGCCCCGCGGGGCCAUCCCGCUCCCCCCUGCUUGCUGCCGGUGACCUGGCUCCUGGCGCUGCACGCAGGUCUGCUGUCGGGGGUGAACAUCACCAGCCCCACGCCACUGGUCCGCGGCACGGCGGGCAAAGCAGCGCUACUGUCGGUGCGCUACGCCAGCGCCAGCGCCGACAAGCCGGUGGUCAAGUGGCAGCUGAAGCGCGACAAACCCGUCACCGUCGUCCAGUCCAUCGGCACCGAGAUCAUCGGCAACCUGCGGCCCGACUACCGCGACCGCAUCCGGGUGCUGGAGAACGGCUCGUUGCUCAUCAGCCCCUUGCAGCUGGCCGAUGAAGGCGCUUAUGAGGUGGAGGUAUCCAUCACCGAUGACACCUUCACUGGCGAGAAGACCAUCAACCUCACUGUGGACAUCCCCAUAUCGAAGCCGCAAGUGCUGGUGGCCUCCUCAACGGUGCUGGAGCUCAGCGAGUUCUUCACCCUCAACUGCUCGCACGAGAAUGGCACCAAGCCCACCUACACCUGGCUGAAGGACGGGCGGCCGCUGAGCAAUGAUUCCCGCCUGCUCCUCUCCCCCGACCAGAAGAUCCUCACCAUCACCCGCGUCCUCAUGGCUGACGACGAUGUCUACAGCUGCCUGGUGGAGAACCCCAUCAGCCAUGGCCGCAGUGUCCCCGUGAAGCUCACUGUUUACCGCCGGAGCUCCCUCUACAUCAUCCUCUCCACGGGUGGCAUCUUCCUCCUUGUCACCCUGGUGACAGUUUGUGCCUGCUGGAAACCCUCCAAGAAGGAGAAGCGGCAAGCGGAGACGCAACCGGCCUCUGAAUACACCGAGCAGGACGAGGACCGUCUGAAGCACGAGGCUGAGGGCAUCCCGCGAAGCAGCGAGCACGAGCGCAAAAACCCGGUGGCCUUGUACAUCCUCAAGGACAAGGACUCACCGGAGGCGGAGGAGGAUUCGCCGCCUGAACCCCACGGCGCGGUCGAACCGGGUUACGCCGGCUCGCCGGUACCGGCAGCGGGUCGCUCUCCGGGACCGGUGGGGCGUUCGACUCGUCGUUACCAUCGCUCGCCGGCUCGCUCGCCCGCCUCAACGCGGACGCACAGGUCGCCGCCGGGUUCGCCGGCCCGUUCCCGCGGUGCCCCACGGCUGCUGCGGACUGCUGGCGUCCACAUCAUCCGCGAGCAGGAGGAGGUCAACGCCGUGGAGAUCAGCGCCUGAGCCGGGGGGGACACGUGCGCGUUUCGGCAGCGGCAAGCGAGCGGGGACACCGCCACGGCCCCGCUCCCGCCACUGGGCAUCGUGUGGUUGGGCGUAAAGUCACUAAUUUGCUAUUGAUCCCACCCGGAGCUCCCCUCUUCCGUCCCCCGCCUUCCUGGGGCGUCACUUUCAUGGCUUUCUUGCCAGGACGAGCGUGCAGGGAGCGUGCGGAAAGCACGCGCAUUUGCCGGGAGUGCACGGAGAGAGCGUGCAAGAGGCCGUGUACAAGGCGUGCAGAGACAGCAUGCAUGCAGCGAGCAAGAGGACGCGCACAGAGCAUGCAGAGAGAGCAGAGUGCAUGCAGCGUGCAGAGAGAGCAAUCGGGGAGCGUGCAAGAGGGCAUGCAUGCAGUGCGCAGAGUGUGCGAGAAGGUGUGCGCAGAGCGUGUGGAUAGGGCACGCACGGAGCAUGCAGAGAGAGCAGAGUGCACGCGCUGCGCAGAGAGAACAGUCAGGGAGCGUGCAAGAGAGCAUGCGUGCAGUGCACAGAGUGUGCAAGAAGGCGUGUGCAGAGCAUGCAGAGGGAGCAUGCACGCAGUGUGCAGAGAGAGUGUGCACAGAGCUUGCAAGAGGGCAUUCACAGUGCGUGCAGAAAGUGUGCAGAGAGCGUGCACACAGCGCACAGAGAAAGCACGCAUGGAGCGAGCAAGAGAGCACACACGGAGCAUGAAGAGAGAGCAAAGUGCAUGCAGUGUGCAGAGAGAGCAAUUAUGAAGCGUGCAAGAGGGCAUGCAUGCAGUGCACAGAGAAAGCGUGCAGUGAGCACGCAGAGAGAGCGUGCGUGCAGUGCACAGAGACAGCACGGAGCGUGCACAUAGAGCGUGCAGAGAGACCAUGCACGUAGAGUGCAGAGAGACCGUGCACAGAGCGAACAGAGAGGGUGUGCACAGAGCGUGCAAGAAGGCAUGUUUGCAACACGCAGAGAGAGCGUACACAGCGUGUGCAGGGUUGCCAUGCAGAGAGGGCGCAGAGAGAGCGUGCACGAAAUGUGUGGAGACAGCAUGCACGGAGCGUGCAGACAGAGCGUGCACCGAGCGUGCAAGAGGACAUGACCGGGGCAUGUGGACAGAGCGUACCUGGACCGUGCACAAAGGGUGCAAGAGGACAUGCACAAGGGUGUGCAGAGAGUGCGUACAGUGAGCAAAGAGAGCGUGCACAGAGCGUGCAAGAGAGAGCAUGCACAUAGUGUGCCACUAAGACUGCAUGGAUUGUGUGGAGAGAGUGUGCGCAGAGCACGUGGAGAAGGCAUGUACAGAGUGUGCAGAGAGUGUGCGUGGAGCGUGCAGAGUGUGCGUGGAGCGUGCAGGUAAGACUGUGCAUGGCAUUUGCAGGGAGCGUGUGCCAGGAUCUGGAGUGCUUUCUGAGUGUGCAAGAAGUGUGCAGAGAGCACAAGUAUGCAGAGAGAGCGCGCACGGAGCAUGCAGCGAGCGUGCAAAGAGCGUGAGAAGGGAACGCGCGUGCAGAGGGCGUGCACGGAGCACACGGAAGGAGCGUGCACGCAGCGUGCAGAUAAGACUGCGCAUGGAGCAUGCACGGACGCGCGGGGAGCACGCGCACAGCACGCCGAGCGAGCGCACCCGCACCUCGUGUGUGCAAGAGCGCCGCGCACACCCACCGUGGCGCAGACCCGCGCGCGCAGGAGACCUGAACCGGGGGGGUGGGGGGCUCCCUCCUGCCCCCAGCUCCCUGGCUGCACCGUCCCCUACACGUGGGCUCAAACCCCCGGCCCGAGCGCUGCCCCUCCGCCGUGCCUGGAUUUUCUGUGAAAAUCCCCCGGAUUUGGGGCGCGCGCCGUCGUCUCUCCCCCAGGCCUUCCCGGGAAAUAGGUUUAGGGUGAAAACCGGAGAGCGGCCGGCUGAGCGAGCCGGGCCCCAGGGCGCCCGGGGUGGGUGCCGGGGCACCCCGGGGUGCUCGGGGUGCGCUACUAACCAAUAAACUAAACGUACUACCCGGCC